AUGGAUCAGAAUCCUUACAGGAGGAAAUCGUCUCCGAUCAGAGCCACCACCGGUGGUUCACAGUCCGAACUACUUCCUAUGAAGUUUCUCAGCUCCGGCACGAUGAAGCUCACGAGGACCUUCACUACUUGCUUGAUACUCUUCUCUGUGCUACUUGCAUUCUCAAUGAUCUUCCAUCACCACCCCUCUGAUCCAAAUCGGACAAUGGGUUUCGCCGAGGCAAGAGUUCUCGAUGGCAGAAACUUCUCCAAUGUUACUACCAUCGAUUCAAAUGAUUCUGAUAAGCUUCUCGGAGGACUACUCGCUACAGGGUUUGAUGAACAUUCUUGCCUCAGUAGGUACCAAUCAUCUCUAUACCGUAAACCAUCGCCUUACAAGCCAUCUCCUUAUCUCCUCUCCAAGCUUAGAAGCUACGAAACGCUUCACAAGCGAUGCGGUCCAGGCACAGAACCUUACAAGAAAGCUCUAAACCAACUCGAUCAAGAACACAUUGAUGAUGAUAGCAACGGUGAAUGCAAAUACGUUGUGUGGGUUUCUUUCAGCGGCUUAGGGAACAGGAUUCUCUCUCUAGCCUCGGUUUUCCUCUAUGCCCUUCUAACGGAUAGAGUCUUGCUCGUCGACAGAGGCAAAGACAUGGAUGAUCUCUUCUGCGAACCGUUCCCUGAAAUGUCUUGGCUUCUGCCUUUAGAUUUCACAAUGACGGAUCAGUUUGAUAAGUUGAAUCAAGAGUCACCACGUUGCUACGGAUACAUGCUCAAGAACCAGGUGGUGAAUACCGAGAAUACUCUUUCUCAUCUUUAUCUUCAUCUUGUUCAUGACUAUGGAGAUGAAGAUAAGAUGUUCUUCUGCCAAGAAGACCAAGAUUUUAUCAAGAAAGUCCCUUGGUUGAUUGUGAAAACAGACAACUACUUUGUUCCUUCUCUGUGGCUCAUCCCGGGCUUCGACGACGAGCUAAACAAGCUCUUCCCGGAGAAAGAAACCGUCUUUCAUCACUUGGGGAGAUAUCUUUUCCACCCAAGAAACCAAGUAUGGGGCUUGGUCACUAGAUACUACGAAGCUUACUUGUCGAAUGCUGAUGAGAAGAUUGGGAUUCAAGUACGAGUGUUCGAUGUAGGAGCAGGUCCGUUUCAGCAUGUGAUGGAUCAGAUCUCAGCUUGUACAAGAAAAGAGAAGCUUCUACCUGAAGUAGACACAACACUAGUAGAAGAAAGAUCUCACAAAGUCAGAGGCUUUAAGCACAAAGCUGUGCUUGUCACGUCUUUGAGCUCAGGCUACUCGGAGAAUCUGAAGAGUAUGUAUUGGGAGUAUCCGACAUCGACCGGUGAGAUCAUCGGUGUUCACCAGCCGAGCCAAGAAGGCUAUCAGCAGACGGAGAAGAAGAUGCAUAACGGGAAAGCUCUUGCGGAAAUGUAUCUUUUGAGUAUGACGGAUAGUCUUGUGACGAGUGCUUGGUCUACGUUUGGAUAUGUAGCUCAAGGUCUUGGAGGUUUGAAGCCUUGGAUACUCUAUAAACCGGAGAACCGCACAGCUCCUGAUCCUGCUUGUGUUCGAGCUAUGUCGAUGGAGCCUUGUUUCCACGCGCCUCCUUUCUAUGACUGUAAAGCCAAAACCGGAAUCGACACAGGAAAAUUAGUUCCUCAUGUGACACAUUGUGAGGAUAUGAGUUGGGGACUUAAGGUAGUAUGA